AUGGCUGUCGGCAAGAACAAGAAGCUCGGUAAGGGCAAGGGUCUCAAGAAGAGGGCUGUCGACCCCUUCACCCGUAAGGACUGGUACGACAUCAAGGCUCCUACCUUCUUUGACAACCGUAACGUUGGAAAGACACUCGUCAACCGCAGUCAGGGUUUGAAGAACGCCAACGAUGCUCUCAAGGGCCGCAUCGUUGAGGCCUCGCUCGCUGACCUGAACAAGGACGAGGAGCAGGCUUUCCGCAAGUUCCGUCUCCGCAUCGACGAGAUCCAGGGCCGUACGUGCCUCACCAACUUCUACGGCAUGGACUUCACCUCCGACAAGCUUCGCUCGCUUGUCCGCAAGUGGCAAACCCUGAUCGAGGCCUUUUCGGACAUCCGCACGGCUGACGGCUACAUUGUCCGCAUCUUCGUCAUUGCCUUCACAAGGCGACGGGCGAACUCUGUUCGCAAGACUACCUAUGCGCAGACUGCGCAGAUCAGGGCCAUCCGCCAGAAGAUGUUCGACAUCAUCAAGCGCGAGGCAGAGCCAUGUGACAUUAAGGAGCUCGUCCAGAAGCUCAUCCCUGAGGUGAUCGGACGCGAGAUCGAGAAGGCUUGCCAGGGCAUUUACCCGCUCAAGGAUGUCUACGUCCGCAAGGUGAAGGUGAUCAAGAGGCCCAAGCAUGACCUCGGCAGGCUCAUUGAGCUGCACGGUGGUGCCGGCAACGUCGCCGGUGCUGAGGACUCGGGCGCAAAGGUCAAGAGCGCCGAGUUUGUCGAGCCGACUCCUCUCGCCUCGGUCUAA